ACUCAACCAAGCAGGCAAAAGCAUGAUGGGGGUUGGUUGGGGCGGGGCGAAGGGAGCUCGAUGGUGCGAUGCUAUUGGCUGGGACGGUUCAGAGCGAAGCGUGUUUGUGUGUGAGAGUGCGCGCGCGUGGGGUGGGGGCGCCCCUCCCUUUCGGGGCGCUGCUGCUUUGAGCCACCGAGCUUGUUGGCGGCUCCCCUUUAGUGCCUUACCCUCGAAGGGGCCGGGAGGCAUCGGACGGGGCGAGCGCCGAGCUGGAGGAGGCCUGGCGAGCUGUCCCGGGUGGAUGAAGCUUUGCUGAGGGAAGAGUGGAAGUCGCCCGCCCUCCUUCGGGGGCUCCCCCGAGCCCGGUAACGUGGGGGGGGGGCUGCUAAUGGCCGGGAAGGGGGACUUCACAAGAGCGGGAGGGGGGUCCUUUGUGGGGAAGGGCGAGGAAUCCACCGCCUGAGACCCGCGCGGCGGCGGUGAGGCGAAAACACGACGGAGCAGCUACGGUGCUUGUUUGUGAGGAGAAUACAGAGAGUCGGGGUUUUUCUUUUUUUUAAAGGGGAGCCAUUUUGAGGAAAUCCUUACGGGGUCAGGCAUCGAUCCGCGUGAAGCCCUUGGCUGAAAGCGGAGCUUCUUAUCGAUAUACAGUAUAUAUAUAUUAUAAUCAGCGCCAGGUGUGAGGGAGCUUUCCAGCAAGCUGGCCGCAAGUACCUCCGUGGAGGUGUCUCUAGGGCUAGGUAAGAGAAGCAAGGCAACCCUCGGAACACCAGAUACAGAAAAGCAGCGAAACGAGGUUCCCUCUUGUGUGGGAGAAAACUUGGGGGCUUCUGCCAUCAGUUUAGGUAUUUAGCUGUAGGCCCUCUUUCCCUCCCUUGUACUUUUCAGGUUCUCCCAUCCCUCUGUAUUGGAUGCCACUUGAGUUGCCUCCUUGAAACUCCCUAUUCAUCUUUGCUUAAAGUUGCAUACAAAUAUCCCAGUCUCUGUGUGGUAUUUUUGGCAUAAAGAGGACCUACUUCAACACUUGAACAAGAAGAAUUGGGCAGUGUGCCUUCUUUGGAUGCACUAUCCUUCAAAUUGUUUAGUUGCAGGAAUGGAGUGUUGUAGGUGGUUGUCAUUUUCCCUAAAUGAAGUUGCUUGUGCCUGUGUGUAAAAAAAGGAUUAAAUACUCUGCAACUAUUUCAACAAGUGUGUUCUUAUUUAUAUUAUGUUGUACUGGAUUAGUAUUAUUUUCAGUGCUUUAAUUCAAUUUAUAUGGAUGGCAUUUCAUCCAAACAUACAGAAAUAAUUGUAGGUGAACCACAGGGAGCUGAAUUGACUUUCCAUCUGUUCAAGAACCAUAAGUAAAAAGCAGGUGUGCCCAUUGCCAGUCAAUGAGGCAAUUAUUGGACCUCAUCCAUAUUUGGAAUUUAUUGGCAUCCCCAUAAUAACCACUUGAGCCCCCUGAAAAGUUGCUUCUGAAGGGGGUAGGAAUCUCCUUUGGAAAUGCUCUCUGCUCCUUGACGAGGCUCUUCAGGUCCAGGGUUUAAACAACUUUGUUUUUACAUAUGUUUAUAUCAUCUAAACCAGCUUCAAAGAUUGCUUACGGGAAUAACUUAUUAGGAGAUGGACUGUUAGAACAUCAUAAUUCAAUAUCAAAAUAUCCUAUUGGUUUCUUGUUUUAAUUUUUUAAGGCUGCCUUUCAGGAUGAAGUCCUGUCUAGGAAGCUACAAAUAUUAAAUGAUAAAAUAGUUUCAGUAACAUAACCUCAUUUAAAAAUACAAAUUGCAAAUAUCAGAAAUGACAAUUUACACCACAUUUUGAACCAAAACAAAAAAUAAUACUGAUCAGUAAAACUAAUAAUAAACCAAUAAGCAUGUUCAAAAAGAUCAUCUAGUCAACAGUCAUACAAAAUAAGUAAGACUUUAGCCAUUUUGGAGACCAGAAUGGGGCUAACUUUUUUGGGAUGGUGCAUAUUUGGAAUUUUGAGAAAAUGCCACUGGUUCCAGUCACAAAAUGGAUGCUAUGAGGCCAUGUCAUAAUACAAAAUGGUUGGCAUAUCAAAAAACCCAGAAAAAGACAGGACCGCUAAGUUGUGCAGAGAAACACCUCCAACAGUGGGGGAAGAGAGAAGCUCUUUGCACUUCUCUGUUCAGAAUGGAUGGGAGGGUGGUUGUGCAGUCCUGGCAUCCAGUGAAAUAUGGGCAUGUUUCAGGGUGUGUUUAGUGUAGGAGAGGCUCAGCUAGUGUACCUGAGCACGAAGAGCAAACAUUUUUUGUACUUAUUGUGGAUUUUUGAGUGGAUAUUUACAGAUACCUUUUGUGGGCACCAUAGGAGAAACUGGCAGGUGUGAUGUUUCCUUUGGACAUCAUGUAGGUUACCUACUGCGGGACCAUGACAGAGAAACCUCUAGUGCCUGCCAGUCUAAUGGAUCUUAAUAGUAGUCCAGUUGAUCUUUGGGCACAAUCAGGUUCCGGUGGGGGUAAUCCGUCAAAUAGCCCAACUUAAAGUGGCUGUCAAAAUGAACAUUUAAAAAUGUAUUGUUUAACUUCCGUUUGCUUACUACCUACAAACAGGUUUUCCUUGAAUAUUAUAAAAUGGAGUUAUGUACUAAGGCAGAGCUUUCUAAACACUGUGUCGUGACAGGUUAGUGUGCCAGCUACAGUGCGUAGGUGUGUUGUGCGAACACUUUCCGCACUCCUCCCGGGGCUGGAAAGGGGUUAGUUUAACCUAGUUUGCUAGUAAAACUGAAUUACUGUGUUGCUGAAUGAUGCACGUCUAAAAAGUGUGUCACCAACAUGAAAAGUUUGGAAAGCUGUGUACUAAGGAAUACAGUAUGUGACUUUAGGAACAAACUUCCCACAGUCUGUGGCCCAGCUUUGCUGAGGGUCCAGUCCAACUAAAUACUGCUGCAAAAAACUAAAGAUGUUGAGUGGUAGCUGAAGCAGAGAUAGAAAAGUUUUUUUCACUUUUUAUGGGGAAAAGUUUUUUUUUAAAAAAAUGUAGCUGUUUGACAGUGUUAAAAAAACACAAAACGUGUUGCAAGCCAAGCUUGAAAUCUCCUAAUUGAAAUCUAAAUGGGAGUUAUAUUGACAAUAUGUAUUACAUUAGGUUAAAAUUUAGUUAUUAAACAUGUGUUUAUUAAUAUUUUUAAAUGGUAGAGCUAGUUUUCACUACUCUGACUUAUAAUUAUUCAUUUAUCAUAAUGUGCCAAGUGGUUUAUAGCCUUUGGUCACAAUCUAACACACUGUUGACCAUUCCUAAGCCUAUUGAAUGUAAUUGCCUUAGGUAUGCUUAGCUCCAUCUUUGUGCAUGGUCUUUUUCUUGCUUGUCCUCACAAUUCUUGAAGGGCAAUUAAGGGGGUUGUUCCAUUUUAUAGUAAUGGAACUAAUGCUGAGAAAUAGCAUUUUGCUGUCAGGCUACAUGUGAAUCUGGCUGAAUAAGAAUAAAACACAUUAAUUCUGUCUCCUGAAUAUCAUUAUUUAUAUUACGGUAGCCCAUAUGUUCCUGUUAGUUUUUCAAUGCUGGCAUUUUUAAAAUGUUGGCAUUAUUAUUAUUCUAUCUAUCCAUGGUAAAGCUGGAGGGAACUUUAAAUACGUGAUGGCAACACCUCCUGGUGUAAUUUCAAGACACUAAACAAUAAUGCCUCUGUGUGUUACAAGUUUGCUGUAGAGAAGCAGGACUAAUUGAUACUGCAUGUUCUUUUGGAUGCUCUUUGUUUGAAAGUUCCAGCCUUGAAUUUCUGGUUGAAUUGACUUCAUUAAAUGAUCCCUGUGUUGUACUGUUGAUGUUGUCUCCCUAGUUCAAAUACGCUCUGGGGACAUUAAUGAGGAAAGUGCUAAUUUAGAAUUAAUUCCAUGCUAGUUUAGGGCCAGAUUAGGCAUUAUGUCAGUUGCAUGGAUGCAAUUAAUGUGCAUAUUUUUAAUAUAUAAAUAACAGAAGGAGUGGUGGUAAGCAGCAUUUGGACCACGGGGUGGCAGUGAGUAGUUUACAAAAGUUUCAAACAGCAUCAACUGAUAAUGACACUUUAAAACACAACAAAAUGUUAGUGUGUUGUAUAGCUCUCCAUGAGGCCAGACUAGCAGCUAUGUCACCUUUGAGGAUUUUCCAUAACACUACCCCCACCCAGCAUUCUAUGGAUACUGGGCAUAUUCAGCCCUUAUGUGACUGUUUUUUUAUAUCUCCCAUUUAGAGGCUUUUCUUUUAGCAAAACUUGUACAUCUGCAAACUUUGAGCUUUACCUGAGUCUUCUGAUACCUCCCUCUUGUGCAGGGGUUUUGGCUUCAAGAAGAAUCAUUAUUAGACCACUGUUAGUUUAUUCAAAUUGGUCCCCCCACAACAAGAUGUUGCCGUGCAUCCAUGAUGGUGUGUGUGCUUCCUGAGCUUGAUCCUGAGGAGUUUGAAGAAGCAAAAGUUAGCAUCGUGUGUGGGUGCUGUGCUUUUAGUUAUAGUGCUUUUUAGCUUAGUGCUUGGGAGGUCUUCUUGAACAAUUUGGGAUGGGACCUGAGGGCUCUUGUGAGGGGGGUAAUCCCAAAUCAAAUUAGGUCCACCUAAUUUUGGAAGAUUUCCCUAUUAUGCACGAGCCCACCGUAUCUCAAAAGGGACCCUAAGGUGUGAAGGGGCAGAGCCCCUUAUGGUAUCCUGUUUGGGAAGUAAUUAUAACUGGUUAGUGAUCAGCUUCUGUAAUUGAAGCUUAAGGAGACAGACAGGGUGCUUGAAAGCACGUGUGGUCUUCUCCGUGGCAGAAGGAGUUAUUGUAGAGUUGUAGAGUUAGAAGUGAACCCUGAGGGUCAUCUAGUCCGACCCCAUGCAAUGCAGGAAUCUCAACUAUAUGAUACAUGAUGACAGAUGGUCAUCCAACCUCAGCUUAAAGCAGCAUUGACUGAACGGGUCCAAGAAGUAAUGCAUGCUUCUGAGAGGAUGUAAUCCUGGUUGACUUGAAGGUGAUGGCUGUGUUACUACUCUUUAAGAAAGCCACACUGUACCAUGAGAAUUGUAACUUGUCUUGUCAAUAAGAGGAUACAGUUGUACCUCGGGUUAAGAACUUAAUACGUUCUGGAGGUCUGUUCUUAACCUGAAACUGUUCUUAACCUGAAGCACCACUUUAGCUAAUGGGGCCUCCUGCUGCCGCCGCUCGAUUUCUGUUCUCAUCCUGAAGCAAAGUUCUUAACCAGAGGUAAUAUUUCUGGGUUAGCGGAGCCUGAAGCGUAUGUAACCUGAGGUACCACUGUAUUUGCCUCUGAACAAGAUGUCAGUUUUAACUGUCAAAAUUCAAGGCCAUGUGCAAGACUCUGUUGCAAGCCUGUUUAGUAAGCAGGUGACAUGUCUGAAAGAUUGGGGGGGGAUCAGAGAAGAUGAGUCUGGAUCAGGUACCGUAGAUUCCGUUUGAUUGGUGUGGCAAAUGACAGUCUCUGAUUGGCUGGAGGUUCUAGUCAGUGAAGAAAGGGCAGUUAACUGUCACUGUGGAGAAAUAACAUCAUUUGAAAAAAUCAGUUGAUGGAGGUUUGAGGUAAAGGCCAGCAGAGAAAGGUGGUGUUGGAUAGAGGUGAAGUUGGAUAGCCAAAGCUUGAAUAUUAAACUGUUCCUUCUUGGUGUGAUAACUAUAUUUUGCUGGUGAAGAUCAGAAGAAGUGAGCAGGUGUUGGGCAAAAAACGCUUCUUACUAAAAAGUUUCCAUAAGUUUUUGAAAGCAGCUAAACUGUCCAAGCAGUCAGAAGUACAGCUGAGGCUUUGGUGCCAGAGGCAGAUUGUACCCAGUAGCUGAAGUGGGUUGUAAAAUAUUUUUUUCUGGAGGUAAAAUCCUAUUGGAGGCUACUGUCAGCAAUAAUGUCUCUUGAGUCCUUAGAAAUUUAUAAAGUACAUGAAAGACCCCAAAAUUUCCUUUAUGUACAAAAUAUCUCUUUAAUAAUUUUAGUUAAUGGUUCAUUCUUCCUUCCAUGUUGGUGCCAGUCUCAUGCUUAAGCAUAUUAUAUCCACAAUGAGGUUUUAAAACCAUUCUAAGAGAGUGGAUGGCAGAGGAAAGGGAUCACAUUGAAGAUCUCUGAGUUAUUGUUGAAGGGAGUUCCAUAGACACUGAAAGAUACAAAUUAAAGAAGCACAAAUAUCUAAGCUUGUGUUUAUAAAAAGUGGGUAAUCCAUUACUAUAUGGUUUUAUUGCUGCUUUUGAAUAUUGCUGUUCUCAGUGGUGAAUGUUAUUGAUUAUAUAGUUAUUUUAUUGUAAACUAGAGAGCUGAAUAGUGAGCUCAUUAUGAUCUAAUCAAUGUUUAAAUUCCAGAUAAAGUUAUAAAAAUCUGAAAUAUUGGAGAUGGAUGUUCACAACAUAAUCUAACAUCUGGCCUAGAUGCCGAUGUACUAUAACAUUCAGCCUACCUUCAUGGACGAAAAUUUGGAAAUGCCACUAAUAAAGUACAUUUAAGUCUGACUUCAUUGGAAAUAGCUCCGUACUGAGCAUACAGGAAUUUAAAAGUGCUAUAUUUUUCCUGGGUUGUGUACAAAAUGUGAAGCAUGUUUAUCUUCAGUAGUGAUUUUAUGAGAGGUAUUUAAUUUUGCUUAUAAUGGGAUUGCAUAGUCAUCUGUCAUCUCUGAUUACUAAAUGUGCAGUUUAAAUUUUGACAUUUGAAGAGGUAGUUUGGUUUUGGGAAGCACUCUACAGUAUAUUGGCUUCAAAUCUUUAGAAUAAUUUUGAAAAUCUAUUUUGGUUAUGUUAGAGACGAAAAUUUGUGAUUUGAGGGCUAGAGCUUUCAAGUGGGCAUGAUUGUUCACACAUUCUUGGUUGUUUUAACAACCCUGGUAUUAAAAUGAACCUAGGACAAAGUGUUGCAGUAUUUUGGAGUUUGCUCCCAGUUUUCUAGCUAUAGUACUAUAUAGGGUUAUGCUAGAGGACACUUAUGAAAUACUUGUGGGGAAAGUAAAUUGGUAUCUUACUGCUGACUUGUACUUACAUUUUGUGGUGGAGUGAGACUAACAAUAUUAUAUCCACUUGCAUAGAAGCUUUGAAUAAUUUUUUUUGUAAUAUGUUUAUAAUGCACAUUUGUACUUAUUUUUAGUUACACCCAAUUCCCUACACAACCUUUUUUAUUGGCUGAGAUUCAAAAAAUAAUUAAACUUGUUCCAUGAGCUUGAGCAGGACUUUAGACUUAUUUUUCUUGAACAGCAGCCCCCAGUGCUAUGCAACAAACUUCUUUUGAAACGGAGUGGCAUUUCAAAAACAUUUUAUUACUUGGCAUGGGAAUUAGCAUUAUUCCUGGCUUAAUAUACAGCUCUAAAUGCUGCCAGAAUGAUGAGCUGUUCUCUGUCACCAGUCAGCAUUAUAUUUGUUCAUUCUACUAGUAGCAGAAUUGUUCUUCUGUUGAUUUCUGAACCACUUUUUUUUUUACUGUCCAUUUCAUGAUGCACAAAUAUGAAAAUCACCUGGGAAAUGCUAAAGAGUUCUGUGUUUGUUGAACUCUAGCUGUAAGAUCAGCACUAGCAGCGGGAACACCUGGGAGUCUGGACAGGAACAUAACUCCGGGAACACCUGGGAGUCUGGAGAGGAACAUAACUCCGGGAACACCUGGGAGUCUGGAGAGGAACAUAACAUAACUCCAGCACUUCGUCUCUGCUGCUACCAGCCUCAUCUGGAGGACAAAUGAGGAAGCCAACUAUGAACCAUCUGGCUUAGUUAGAAGAUCCUUCUCCCUCAGAACAGUUUUAAGCCUGGUUACUACAAUUUAGAACUAGCAGCAUGAAUUAGACUUUAUUGCCCUGUUAGAUUUUAUUUCACAUGCUAUGGCGAUUUUAACUUUUAUCAUUCUAAUCCUAUCUGACUGUGGCAUGGUUCAUCUGUGAAGAAAAUAAUUAUCUUGAAUAGAAGCAAAACAAUCAUUUCAGCAAGAAUCCUAAUAAAUGAAAUAACCAUCAUGUGAUUAAAAUACUUUUUGAGUCAGUUGUAAACUCAGUUGUUGGCUGCUUUUCAGGGUAACAUGUAAAGCUGAAUCUAAAGCUGCAUCCUUGAAGGUAAAUCUAAUUGAAAUUGGUGGGUGUUUUUUUUCAAAAUAAGCACGUCUAGAAUUCAACUAGAAUUGAAACUAUGUCACAAGUAAAGCAAAUGAUAAAACGGUAUCUGUACUGUAUUUGGCAUCUUGAGCUAGAACUGAAGUAUGAACCAAGAAAUUCUCUUAAAUGAUGACUUAUAUUUAGUUAUGAAGAAAAAGGGCAUGUGUGCAUAGUUGUGUGUGCUCUUCACAAUUAAUGAGCAGUUUAUGUAUUUUUGUACUUGGGUAUCCAACCUGAAAACAAAAUAUAAGAUGAAAAUUGACUUCUAAAACAAACACCCUCUAUUUGCAUUAUUUGUUUAAGAUUGCUCAACAGAGUUACACUUCUUUUUUCAUUAGCUGUGGAUUGUUGUGAUGAUAAAUGCAUAGUUUGAAACAAUAGCAUAUUUUGUUCCCUUUGCAGAAAUACAGCAGAUUCAGCCACAGAUUCAGCCCAUCAUCUUAUUUCUGAACAUUUAAGUGGUAUCUGACAAGGAGCUUCUUUUUUGUUACUAAGGAAGACUACCGCAACAAGAACAUACAAUUAACUCCAAUUUGCUAAUACACUAACUGGGACUUUGUCGUAAAGCACUUCCUCAUAACCUACUGGCUGUCCUGCAUGCAACAUACUAGCUAUUGUCUUUCCUACUCAUCAUGCAACUCAAUGGAAGAAAAUGUUUUGUUAAACAUGUGUGAAGGUCAUUCGUUUCAUGUUCGUUACAGGUAAGCAUGCUUACUAAUUUUUUUAAUAUAUACUUUUAAAAGGUUAGCAAAACAAGGCUUGCAAGUAAAUUGCAUGUUACUUUUUCAAAAGACUUCAUAGAUCCUUUUUUUAGCACAGUGCUGGGGAACUUCUUUGGCUCUGUUGGUCAGAUCUUUAUCUGGUCCCACUUCCAAGGACCAACUUAGAUAGUGGGUGGGAUAACCUGACUGACAUUUGAUUUGGUGUCAGAGGAUUGACAAGUAGGUUGCCCCUGCCAACUUGUCAAAAUGCCUUGUGCAUUGGUUUCCAAACACCUUACAGGCAGCUGUUUGGUGGGACCCACAACACAAGGGAGUCAGCCAACUAUGUGUUCAGAAAUUUGGGUAGCCUCUGAGCGUGGGACAGCCAAAGUGUUUUCUCCAGUGGUUUCCACCCACAACAGCAAUGUCUGUUGCACACUCAGAUAGAAAAUACUCGGCAAUAUUUUUAUUGAAAAGAGCUUUCUGUGAAUCUUGUGUUGCAUUCAGACCAAGUUAGUUAGGUUAUCACUAACUCAAUUGACUUCAGUGGGACUCAAGUACAGCUAACUUGGUCAGGAUCCAACCCCUUCAAUUUUAAUAUCUUCUGAUUUUCCUUCUUGAAUGAAAGAUAAUACAUGAAUCUGUUCUAAACAACAUUAGCGUUCCCUGGAACAUAUAUUUGUUUGUUGGCGCUUCUCACAACUUGUCUGGGUAUAGCAAAUAGGUAUUCAGGUGAGAGCCACUCAUUUGCUUUUUUUUGCUCCUUAUUCCUUCCUUGCUAUGUAGUGUCUACUGUGGCAGUUCUCUUAGAGAGAGAAAAUCAAGAAAGCUGCUAUAGAAGUGGGACGUGUUCCCUCUGAAUAGAAAACUCUGAGAUUUUUUGGUGAUGGUCAUCUCAGUGCUAAAGGGGUGAGUGUGGGAAAUAACCAUGCAGUAAUAGCAGCAGAAAUGAAGAAAGAUUGCUGGCCAAGCAAGUAAUUAUCCUUCUUUAUGAAAUGAACAGAAUUGUUCUAGAAAGACCAAUUGUAUGCAUCUGAUUCUGUACCUCACCACAUGAACCACUGGAUCAAAUGCUUAGAAAAGGAUCAGUUAUUUGCAAGCCCUGUUAAAAGCAAAUGAAAUCUGCCUUUAAUAAUGAGCACAUAGAUUUGCUUUACUUUGUUAGAAAAGUCUGCUAAAUGAAUGAGGAAAUACCACAUGAAUUGCCUCAUAGGGAUCUCAGUGUGCUAUUUGGUGCUCAACUAGGCAGUCCUUAUCCACUACACAAUUAUGUGCACAAAGCCUUACAUAUUCUAUUUCUGUUCCUUUAUUGAGUGGGACUAAUGCUGGCAAAAUAAUACUCUAGUGCUGUAAAAUUAAGUUUCUGUAUUUUGUAUGACUACAUGGCUCCUUUACUUCUAGAUGUAUAUGACCCAUUUGCAUUUUACUUAUGUAUUACUUUUUCAUUCUCCAUACAGAAAAUGAAAAACAGAUAUAGCUCCUUUAGCAACAAGCAGUAUACCAAUCAGAAACUCUGAACUCCGAGUAAAUGUAGGUUUAGCUGCAUGUGAUGAAAAGCAAGUGUCUAAAGACAAGUCGAAAGAUAGAAGUUUCUUUUUAUUAAGUUCAGUAAAAAUAUGUAUAUGUUUAUCAAGACAUGACAUUAGGCACCUAUAUUUGGUAAAAACUUUAUUAACAGAAGAGGAAAGAAAUGAUGGGAAAGACACAUAAAUGGGAAUCUUUUAAAAUCUUUUAGAAAACUGAAAAGUGUUUUCUCUUUAAAGGUCAGGAGAAGAAGAAAAAUAGAAAUGUGAAAGGAAUACAGUAGACACUUAGAGAAGCUUUUGCUUUGACAGAGAUAAUGGAAUAAAUAGAAGUUGCAACUAGCUUGCAAUAAUUAUUUUCCAACAUGUUUAAAAUCUGUACGUUUUUGCUCAUCGAGCUUAUGCACCCCUGCAUGUGGGUAGAUGCAAACAUUAUCUUUUGGACAUAAUGACAGUGCAGAGAUAGAAAUUGCAAAGCAUUCUCAUAUACUUCUAUUGCAUCUUAAACAGCAAAUAUGGCCCAGUUUCUUGGUAGCUUAAUAUAGAGGUGGACAGAAAGUUGACUACUAUCUUCUAGUAGAUCUCUGGGUGUUUUCCAGUUGAUCAGCAGGGAUUUCUGACUCCUGAUUAUUUAUCAACAGCAACACUAAAAUGACACCCCCCCUACCCAUUACCCUGUUGAAAUUAACAAAGCUGGAGCAGCUGAGGUUAUAAAGAAUGGGGUUUUCUUUGGAAGAACUGUGAGCUCAGCUCUGGUCUUGGAAAUAAAUCCCUGGGGUCAGGAUUCCUUAGUUCUAAAUACAUGCUUUUGCACAUGGCUCUGGUUGGCUCUUGGAGAUUAUGUAAAAAAUGAAGUAUAUCCUGCAAGCCUGAAGUUUGUUCAUCCCUGAUUUAAGAUGCAUUCAGGUAGCGGUUGGGAAACAAAGACACUUGCUAGCAUUCACAUUCUUUCCCACAGUUGCUUAAAAUAAUUUAGGACUAAAUUAUUACUCAGAAGUACCAGCUCCCUGCAUUUAAAAGAAUGAAGGAAAAAAGCAUUUUAUAAGAAUUUAGAAGCUUAAAAAAGAAAAGAUGGAUAAAUUCUAAAAGGAAUUUUAGAUUUAUGUGAUUUAUGAGACCAAAAUUGAAAAUUAUAUUUGAGAAACAUUUUGUUCAGAGAAGAAUGAUUCUGUUGAUUAUAUGUAGAACCAAAAACAUUAAGAUUAAGCAGCAAUAUGUUGGAAAUAUUUACACAGAAUCUAAAAAACUGUCAUGUGGUAAGCCAGGACAUUAUUUAUCUUGAAAUGUACAAACCAGGAGUGUUAUCUUUUUUCCAAUCAGCAUCAUUAACAAUCCUUUUAUUGAGUACUGGAAGAGAGAGUGAAAAUAUGAAACUGCUUUUCUUGUGAAUUCCUAAAAAUGUAUAUAUUGCUCCCUCCCACUUGAUUUUUUUUUCAUAAUGAGCAUUUUUUAAACAUUUCAUAAGGUUUUAAAAACAGGCAUAGUGCAGUUGUAAAGCGUUUGCUCAGCUGCUAAUGCUGUUCCUGUAAUUAAAAGCAAGUUGUAUCUCACCUCAGUUAAGGUCCAGCUUUUAGAUCCAAUGAGAUAUCUGUAAAUAGCUUUUCUUCCCAAAGCUGCUUUGAUCUCCAGUAUGGCAUACCAAAAAAUUGCCUUCGCACAGUUGAACUGGAGUUAUUUGCUGGUAUCCCUUUGUAACAGUAAACACUGCAUCUCUGCAUCUCAGCAAGCUCUGCUCUUGAGUCAUAAAAAUACUUCCAGUAUUGUGUCCAUCUAUCCUUAAGCCACUUUGUGCAUAUAAUAUAAUUUUCAUAAAAUUCUGCUUGAAAAUUCUGUGCUUUAAAAUCUUUAUUAAAAAUCAAAAUCUACCCAUUACUUAAAAUGAAAAUUCAAGAAAGGAUAACCAUAAAUUUAUCAUGCUAAGUGAUAGGAAAACCUCUACAUGUUGAUGAGCACUAUAAUUUCUAAAUGUCAAGUUAAUUGAAUGUGACAUUCAACAUGAAGUGCCCGGAGAGAACCUCUUUGGAGGGGAUAGGAUUAGGUAAGAUUACCCAAUAGCGUGUCUUAAUUCUUUUGUUGUGGUGGUGUUACAUACUGUUGUAGUCAAUUUUGUUUUUAUUCAAGUUAUGCUGGCUAGACAUCGUUGUAACAAAAUGAAAGAAGUUGGCUUUUAGUUCUGUUUAAGAUAUUUUGGCAAGUUUCCAAAUCUAUGGUAUGGCUGGCCAACAUGAGACACUAGACUUACAAACGAAAUAUAAGAUUUAUUUUGUACGAUUCCUGACUAAUAGGCGUACACUAUUUUUUUUAACAAAAGCUAAGAAUGUCUAUCAUAUCCUUGUGUUUAGGCUGCGGAGUGUCAAAGGCUAAGAGGUACAGUAUACUUUUGGUAGUUUUUUAUUACAUAUAGUCUGUGGUGCAGUAAUUCUGCAGUUGUUUUGACUAGAAAUUUUAAAAGGUCCUGUAGCAUUAUAUUGAAGAAAUAUAUGUUAUUUGGUAUAUACAAAGUUGGGGUUUAUGUUGCCAGUAUAUAGCGUUUGGAUGGUAUUUAAAAUAAUUGCACUAUUUAUUAACGCAGUCAGGUGCUGUACCGUAUUAACUGCUUAUGUGAUUUCAUGCUCCAGUUUCUCUAGUAUGGGUAGUAAAAUGCUGCAUAUCACUUUUAAAAUGCUUUUUGUGUGUUCUGUGUAUUUCUGUAGUCUUAACUGCUGGACUAUAUGCUUCAUAAUGUUAACAGUCAUCUUGUUGUGAAUAUAUGGGAAGAAUUCAACUAAUUUGUUCCUCAUAAUAUUUUGGAUAGUAAACUGAUUCACUGUUUGCCAGAGGAUAGUUUUGUCAUGUGGAUUUACAGCUGGUUGGAAUGAUAUAUUCAAAGAGUGCAUAUCAGUAAUUCCUCAUCAAUCUGGUUUCAAGUGGGGUGCAGCAAGUCCUUGUUUUAGGCCUGGAAUUCUUCAGACUUUUAUGUGUGACUUAGACGAAAGGGUGUAUUAACUAGUUUUCAGAUUUGAGGAUGACAGAAAACUGGGAAGGAUAGCUAACUCCUCAGAAUACAGUAGCAAACCUAAAAUGUUCUUGAUGGAAUGGAAAACUGACUGAAACAUACAAAAUCAAAUUCCACCAAGGUAUAUACAAAGUUCUGCUGUGGGGUGGAGAACCAAAUGCAUGUGUAAAGAAUAGAGGAUUCCGGGCUUGGCAGAAAAAAUGUGAAAAGGAUCUCUGGAUUGUAGUCAAUCACACAUUGAACAUCUGGUUGCUGUACUUUACCAAGGAUAAAAACAAAUUGCAAUGGGUACAAUGGACAACUACAAAUAUGGUCAGGGGUGUGGAAAGCAAGUCCUCUAAAGAAAAAACAACUGAGGGUGUUUAGCCUGAAGAGAAGAAGAUUUUGGCUUGGGGAGACACAUGAUGGCAUCGUUCAAAUACCUGAGGGGCAGUUGCAUAAAAUGAGGUAGGGCUGGAUCUAAUGGACUAAUAUAAUGGAAGGUAGAUUUCAGUUGAACAUUAUCAGAGCAGUUCAGCAUUGGAACAAAUUACCUAGAUGGAUGGUGAGCUUUAGCUGUAGUUUUUCUAGCAGAACAUAUAUUGGGGAUGCUCUUACUCAGGAUUUCUUGUAUUGAGCAAGGGGGUUGACUAGAUAGUCUGUAAGGCUGCCCCCAGCUGCCUCUGUGAUUCUAACAUGGGCUUCAAGUAAAGCCUGUACUGCAAGGAACUUGAUUUUUAGUCUUCUUGCCUGUUUUCUAGUCAUUAUUAUAUGUAAUUACAUCUUGCUCCCCACCUUUUUCCUUUUUCCUCUGCGAUAAUAUGCUCAGUGUUCUGACCUGGUAUUAAGUAUUGGCUUUAACCCACUUAACAGGCCGAGCUCUGUAGAAGCCAGAGAAAGAGGGAUGGAAGAUUUCCAUGGUCUGUCUUUCCAGGCUUCUUCCAAAUAGUUCAGGCAGGGAAUGAGGAAGGAAUUCCUGCUGGCUGAAUUGUACCCAAGAGAACUGCAGUCCAACUGGCACGAAUAACUUGUUCUUUCUCCUUCCUGUAAAGGUUGAAUCCAAUAAUAUUUAUGUGUGAAAGUUGGCUGGGUAAGAGCUGAGAACCUAAACAUUAUCGAACACCAGAGUGACACAUUAGGGGCCUGAGUGCAAGGAUUAUGCUUUCUAAAUGAAAAGACCCUUGUUGUGUUGUUUUUUUAAAAACCCUAUAAAUACUCCGCAUGAUAUACAAUAUCACCUGACUUGUUAAAUUGCCUGUUCUGGAAAUUCAGGCCAGAAUCUUGAUUUUGAAGCAAUCAUGGAACCAGUUCUAAUACAGCAUCAGUAUUGCGGUCUAUGCAUAUCUUCCAUGUGUGUUCCCCCCCACCCCAAAUAAAUAAAAACAGGGUAACUGUCAGCACUCUUUCAGAGAAGAUGGGAUUUUACAUCUGAUUUUAAGAGCUUGCAUAGGUGGCAAAACAUGCACUUACGUUUCUUAUUGUAAAAGCCCAACACUGCAACCAGGAAUCUGGAAUUAAAUACAUAGAGGGUAUAUUUUGGUGGUACAAUUAAUUUUUAAUUUAAAUCACAUAGCCACUUGAGCUUCAUCAGCUAAGAGAUUCACGAUCUUCUUUCCACUUUCCAUGUUUCUGUGUUGAAGUCACAACAUAACGGAGCAAUUCAAAGCAUGCAACACAGCAGUCUAGUAAGGUCCAAACCAGACAGAACAGGUGGUGGCAGCAGCAGGGGGUAGGAUAUCAGUGAUUUAGGUCACCCACAGUUCUUGUUUAGCUGUCCCAUGGGGCUAUGUUGAAGACUGGGACUGUGGUGCUCAGGAAGAGGGGAUUUAACCCUUUCAACCCUUUCCAUACUCUUUCCCCAAUAUAAAUCAUCUCAUUUAUUCCAUUGGGUGGAGAGGGGUUGGGGAGAGAACUUCUUCCACCACUAGGCAUACGUAGUGUACAGUCAAGACAUACCCAAAUAGACAUUAUAUACCAGGGGCCUUACAAAUGCACGAACUGCAACUUUUUGUUCUGCACUACAGUUUUGUACUCUAAUUAUGCUUACCACUGUAAUCUAAAACCUGUUAUGCUUGAUUAAGGCCUUUUUGGUAGCUUAAAACAUGAAGCAGUGUCUGCUGCUUAUGCAGGACAGGCACAGAGAUAUUCAACCAUCAGUCUAGUCAAUUGAACUGAAAUGUAGCCUUGAAAAUAACCAUUACAGUGGUACCUCGGGUUAAGUACUUAAUUCAUUCCGGAGGUUUGUUCUUAACCUGAAACUGUUCUUAACCUGAAGCACCACUUUAGCUAAUGGAGCCUCCUGCUGCUGCUGCGCCGCCGGAGCACGAUUUCUGUUCUUAUCCUGAAGCAAAGUACUUAACCCGAGGUACUAUUUCUGGGUUAGCAGAGUGUGUAACCUGAAGCGUAUGUAACCUGAAGCGUAUGUAACCCGAGGUACCACUGUACUGGCUUGGAAAUCAACCCUUGCAUCUGUUGUGUGAAAUGGGCUUCACUGUAAGGUCCUUAACUGGGAAGCUAGUAAAUAAGUCAUGUUUCUGGCUGCAUGUGCUGAAAGAGGUUCCUCCAGGUAACUAGGUGUGGAUUGUUUUCUACUGAAAAACAGAUACUUAACCUCUUCUUUCAGGCUAUUGGUGAGCUGCAAAAUGACUAAUGAUGUGUUGGUGGGCUACCAAACAUGUUUAUUAAGUGUAUGUGGUGCUUAGGAUUGCUGCUGCAACCACACCCUCUGCUUUGUAUAAUAAUGUACCGUAUAUGUAAUAAGGGGAUCAGCUGUUCCAACAGUUGUUCUAAUUGGAACUUAAUUUUAAUUUUGCAAAAUCAUAUGAGUGCUUAAGUGUGCACUUGAACUAAGCAUAUUUUAUCUAUGUUUCAGUAAAAGUGCCUAGCAAGGGAUUUUGUGUGGGUUUUAGGUAGGUCUUAAUGACAGCUGCAGGGAAUAGCAGGAUAUUGGAACUCAUGGCAUCUUGCAUUCCAUCUCUGCAGAAUGGAAGCUUCUUGCCUGGAGCUUGCCUUGGAAGGGGAGCGGUUGUGUAAAGCAGGGGACUGUCGCGCUGGUGUCUCUUUCUUUGAAGCAGCAGUUCAGGUUGGAACAGAAGACUUGAAAACCCUCAGUGCAAUUUACAGCCAGCUGGGCAAUGCCUAUUUCUACUUACAUGAGUACACAAAAGCUUUGGAGUAUCACCACCAUGAUUUAACCCUUGCAAGGUAACUUUAAAUUUUGAUUCCUUCAGGAUCCUCUAGAUAGCAAUUACUUUUUCUGUUUGUGAAUAAACUUUGUUCAGUGAAGUUGACCAGAUAUACUUGACCAUAUAUUGAACACAUGAUAAUGGAAUGUUGCUCGGUAUAAUUCUGUCAACAGAAAUUUCUUAGGCUAAUUUCUGCUAAUUAUGUGAUGAAAUAUGCUAAUAGGAUUUCAUGAGAGCGGCCACAGAUGUGUCCAGGGUAUUAUAUGUAAGCAAGGCAUGCAUUGAUCACUAAUACACACUUAAUUUGACUUGAGUCUUAAUUUGUAUUAGUUGUGUAUAACGAAUCUUCCUUCUGCCACCUGCAUAUCCGAAAAUACAACCUUAGAAAGCAUUGUGUAAAAUAUCUACUGGAAAUUAGUUUUUUCAAAAAGGGUUUCUUGACACUAAUAUUGUGGUGGUGGUGUUAAUUAAUCUUCAUUAAAUUUUAAAACACACACUGUUUUACUCUCAAAACAAUAUUAUACACUUCAAAGAAACAAACUGACAGAGCAUAAGAUUGGCAGCCGGUAAAGUACUACAUAAAGAAAAACAUAAAUAUAUAAAUGCAGUUUAUACCAUAUCCAAAACAUAUCCAUCGGGCACAUAAGUUUGUUAUUCAUUCUUCUCGUUGUUUUUAAAAAUAUUCAUUAGUUUUUCUAAGUCCAGGUCCCUUAGUGAACAUCAAGAGCUGCAGAUGAUUUAGGAUAAAGGAAGGGAGGUCUCAUAACAAGACCUGAGCUGGCACGGGCAUGUUAGCUCCCAGCAGGACUGAGGCUAGUUGCCUCAGCAUUCAUUCUUCUUAUUUUUGCAAACAUUGUAUAGACAGGGGGUUCCCAUCUGGGCAUGUAGAUGGUCACAUAUUCUCUCUUCUUCUUUUUUUACUUUUACUUUAAGAAUGUAUUUUUCUACAAUAAAAUGGUGCUUAUUCUCAAGUAAAUGUGUUUAGCAUGAGGACAGCAGAAGCUUUGGUUUGAUUUUUGCACUAAUGUAGUAGAAAUGUAGAAGCAGUGGUAAAGCAUAGAGUGGUGGCAGGGAGUUGGGGAAAAGAGAAAUAUUGUACACUUCAAAAUUGAAGUAAUGCACAUAGCUUUCUAAAUCCACCACCAACCCCAGUAAGAUCAUUAAGUUCAGGGUAUAAAAUUACCUAGCUGCACCAAGUUGUAAUUGAAUUCUAAAUUAUAGUACAUUUACUGUGCAAUACUAUGCACAUGUACAAGUCCUAUUGUUUUCAGUAGUUCUUAACAUACUAGUGAGAGCAUUUAAAAUUGGAGCCAUAGCAUUGUAGCAGUUUGACCAAUGUUAAAAUAUCUCCAAGCAGUCUUUGCAAAGCCAUUAGCUGGAAUUAAUGUGAUCAUGGGUUUUCUAAAAUACAUAAAUAAGGCCUAAUACUGAGUAAACAUAUUUAGGAUGGGACUCAAGUGUGUUCAAAUUGUAACAAACAUAUGGUAACUAAUGUAGAUAUUUAAUAGGAAAAUAUUUCUGUUUAAGGUAGGUUGAAGUCCACAUACGUUAUAAAAGUGGCAGAAAUGAGUUCAUAUUUCUUUUGAUUUUCAGAACCAUUGGGGACCAGUUAGGCGAAGCUAAAGCAAGUGGAAACUUGGGAAAUACCUUAAAGGUCCUUGGAAAUUAUGAAGAAGCAAUUGUCCGCUGUCAGAGGCACCUCGACAUUUCUAGAGAGCUAAGUGACAAGGUAAAAACACUUGCUAUAUUUAGCACUGUUAAGGGGGGGCGGAGACAGGAAGUGUUCUUUUAAACAAGGUUAUAGCUAAAGAUUUAUUUGGUUCAAGUGAUUUCAGUUUUGUUCAGUUCCCCAUUCUCUUUAUACCACUGUUUGCCCCUCCUGCUCCAUUGGGAGUUUCAGUCCACAAAAUCGGGAGGGUACCACAUUUACUGUCUCUGUCGUAAUAAUACAUUUGCUGUGUAGAGAACAAAAGAGCAUCUCAUUCUAGCUCUCUAUAACCUUUAUGGAAAUCUGGGGUACCAAUCCAGACUGGUCUUAAACACCACUCAUCAUUUUGCUUUUCUUAACCUCUUCUCGUGCCAUUCGUCUUUGUUAAAAGCAAAUCGGUGUAGAAAUCCGCCGGUUGCAUGAACCAUGGGAAAUCGUUCAUAACCAAGUGCUUGGUAGCACCUGCACAUUCCUGAGAACUUGUUUUGAUAGUCUAAAAAGAAAGUUUUGUGCCUACCGAUCCAGGUAGCAUGUGUUUGGAUCAUUAAAAGAGGUCUUUGUGGAGUUCCUGUAGUCUGCAGAUGUGGCACCUGAUAAAACAUUUUUGCAAAUAUAGUGAGCUUUCUUGGGGAAUGCUGUGGUGAAAUGGCUCAUCAGAAUUGCAGGAAAGGAAUGAUUGUUUAGUAUAAAUGGGAAGACAUCCAUUGUUGAAUAGCUGAGAAAUGUGCUUUUAUAUGUCUGACUGAAAGCAUUCAUAAGGCAGUAAGUUUGAAAUUCAUUUCCAGCCUUUUCUUCUUUAGGUUGGAGAAGCAAGAGCACUUUAUAACCUUGGAAAUGUAUAUCACUCCAAGGGUAAAAGUGUAGCUUGUGCAGGUACCCAUGAUCCAGGAGAGUUUCCAGAUGAUGUUAAAGCUGCAUUGCGGAAAGCUGCAGAUUAUUAUGAGUAAGUAACAAAGGGAGCGGGGAGAACUAUUCUUGGAAGCGGAGUUGAUGUAGCUUAAAAUAGUGUUUAUAUCCCUUUAAAAUGUGCUUUAUAUUAGACAUGCUUUCAAAACUGUGUUUCUAAUUCCCCCUCUCUAUAUAAUAAGCUCUUUUUGUUUGAAAAUUUGUUAAAGUCCAAACACAAAAAUAAAUUUCAAAAAUAGAACAUAAGAAACAUUCAGAUGAAACCUUGUCUCUCCAGUUGCAACAGCUUAAUUCUGGCCAAUAAAAAUGCACUUGCUGAUGAAUUUCUAAGGAGGGAAAUGUCAACAGUUAUAGAGUAACUGUCAUAAAAGCUGUUUAUGUGCCUUAUCAAAAUGAAAUUAAUUCACAGAGAGCACAGUGUAGGACACACUUUCAGUUUAUCAUAGCAGUCACAAUGGUAUGUACUGUUUCGUUCAAGAUUUUAUUAGUUACCAAACUUAGUCCUGCAUUGUACCUGGAACAGUACCAGAAGCCAAUGAAGGCUUGUCAAGUCAAAACUAUAUGGGUUGUUGCUUCUUAAUAAUCUGCAAGGGCUAUCACACAUUAAAUGCAUUUCACUUUGAGGUUGUUUCACUGAAUUUGGAAGAAAAUAUAUAUACAGUCAUACCUCGGGAUAAAUAUGCUUCAGGUUGAGCGUUUUCAGGCUACACUCUGUGGUGACCCGGAAGUAACGGAACGCGUUACUUCCAGGUUUCACCGCUCGCGCAUGCGCAGACGCUCAAAAUGACAUCAUGCACGGAAGCGGCAAAACGCGGCAUGUGCAGUUGUGUGUUAUGUACUACUCAGGAUGUGAACAGGGCUCCGGAAGGGAUCCCGUUCACAUCCAGAGGUACCACUGUGCAGCCUUUAUGGAAAAGUCCUGCAUGUCACUCCCAUUUGAACUCCAUCAACACUUUCCUACCCCAAGUCAUGAGAUCUGCUGACCACUGGUUUCAACAGUAUUUGGCUUCAGUCUGGUGGCACACAUCCCAUUUCAAACCAUGAACAUAAAUUUAUGAAGGAGGAAAAUGAAAAAACAACAACUGUGUAGGAACUUUUAACAGUACCCAAAGAGAAGCAAAUUUGCUUUCAUUUUGUCUAUUCUCUUCCAUGUUUUUAUCAAAAAUGUACAUUUCCAUGAGCUGAUAACGAACCAGGUUGUAAUGUGAAAAAUAAUUAUAAAACAAUAGUUAAAGAGACCUUGUUGUUCUCAUCAAAAACACCAUCCACUGAAUCUUUAGUCUGUGUACCACCCUACUUUUACAAGCCUGAUUCAUGUAAAUGUUUUUUGCAUGAAAAAGCCUCUAAUAACUGAUGGCUUCAUCUGCUCAUCUCCCUAUUUUUCCUGAAUAUCGCAAUGCAGAGAGGAGGAAAAUGGAAUUCUGUUUUGGUGAAUUUCUGCUCUUCAACAAACUGACCACAUGUUUGUAAGCCUCCAAAAUCUCUCUUUAGGCACAGGUGUCAACCAUUUUGCACAAGGUUUUGUUUCUAGCUCGAGCGCACAUAAGCCUGCCUUGCCCUGUUAUGCCCUCUUCUAGGUCCACAGGUACCCACAUGUUGGCAGUCGCACAUCUGUUGAACACGUUCAAAGUGGUCACCACCUAUAUAUGCAACAGCCCUUCAAGGGCAGAAUGACAAUAAGUUGGGUUAGGGCCCUCUUCCUAUCUCUGGAAGGCAAUAAAAGGACAGCUUUGGAUCAGGGCUCUUGUGAGGGUGAAAGCAUUAAACCACCUAAUAUUGAUGGCUUCUAGCAAAAGUUAUUAAUGUAUUGUGGUCAUCGUGUCAGUUCCAUGAGCAGGAAGAACAGCCACCUUCAUGGCUGCUAAUUGUUAUGCAUUUCUAACAUAAACCUUUUAAUUGUUUUUAUUUUGUUUCCCUGUUAAAUAGGGAGAACUUGACAUUAGUGACAGAGCUGGGUGAUAGAGCAGCCCAGGGACGUGCCUAUGGAAACCUGGGGAAUACUCAUUAUCUUCUGGGCAACUUCAGGAGUGCUGUUACUGCCCAUGAACAGGUACAAGAGAGUGCUGUGUUCACGUAUAACACUAACCCAUGGUUUGUUUCAACAAACCAGAAGUCAUCCUGCAGAGCCGUGCCUUGUUUCUCCCAAGCUUGGUUUGUUUUCUGACUGCUCUUGCUUUGCUGUAUAGAUUGGUGAGCAUCUGGGGUGGUAUGGCCAAAGACUUUUUGGUUCAGACAUAAUGCCACACAAUAGUCUAAAUAAGUCUAUAAGCCAAGAACAAACCAUGGCUUUAUUGCCAGAAAACAAACAAUUGUUAGUCAACUGGGCUGGGUUCAGACAAUCCACACUUUGGCUGAAGAAACCUUGGCUUGGUGUUAUGUGCAUGACAUGCCAGAAUAUAGUGAUAGUUUCCAGCAUGAUGUAUUCUGCACCUGUCAUUUAAAAAGCAGGUUUUUAUUAUUGCUACUAUUACUAUUAUUAUCAUCUGUUAACUCCUAGUGAUGAAAGAUAGUUUGUUCAGGAUUCCUCUUUACAAAGAAUCUGUAACAAUGUAUGUUCUGCAGAAAUAGCUGAAUUUUUUAUUAAAAGAAACCCACAGUAAGCAUAGCUGUCAAUGUUUCCCUUUUUAAAGGGAAAUUCCCUUAUUCCGAAUAGGAUUCCUCACAAGAAAAGGGAAAAGUUGACAGCUAUGACAUUAAGGUUUAUUUGAAAUCAGUAACCUGGGAUUCUAAAAUUUUGUGCUACAUAUUAAAUUCCAUCCUUUUACAGUUCACAACCACUUACUGGAUAUCAGUAUGAACCAUUACAAACAGCAGACUUAAGAAUUUAAAAGUUGUUUUACUUUGAAUUUUUCAGGAAAGAGUUACUGUUCCUUCUUUCAGGACACAGUAGUGGGCAUAUGGGUUCCUAACUAUUCCAGAGGAGGUAGUUGUCUAUCAGAAAUUCACAGUAUUUGACAACAGAACCUUUCUUUUUCAGCGCCUUUUAAUUGCAAAAGAAUUUGGUGAUAGAGCUGCUGAAAGAAGAGCCUACAGCAAUCUUGGAAAUGCUUAUAUUUUCCUUGGAGAAUUUGAAACUGCUGCCGAAUACUACAAGUUAGUCAAUAUAUUGUUUAAUUACCUAACCAAAGUAUUAUUUUCAUAAGUUUUCCAAUCUUUCUAGUUUUAAUUAUAAAUUUAUAAUCCUUCAGAUUUUAGCCUAUCUGGUAGGUUAGACUCAGAUAUAACUUGCCCUGGACUACCCAGAGAAUACUAUAUUUGUGUGAGCCUGGAUUUCCUAUUUCUAACUCCAAAUCUGAAGCUACUUUCAGAUUUAGAUGUUUUAUUUGAAUAUUGAUUAGUUGUCUCCUCUUUCCUGAGUUUAGUUAAGAUCUUUUCAAAAGGUCAGUAUUGGCAGUCCCCCCCUUGAAAAUUAAGACCCUCAAAAUCAGUUUUUAUUAGAACAUAUAAACAAUCUGUGCCACUGUGAGAACAAGAUGGGCCAUUGGCUUGAUUCAGCAAGCUCUUCUUACAUUUUUUAAUGCUCUAAACUAUCUUAAAUCAUCUAAGGAUCUAACAAAUGACAGCUGUUUUAGAAUAUCAUUUUAGGAAAAUACCAAUAUUUUGGGAAUGGUCAGUGGUAGAGCAUCUGCUUGUGUGUGCAGAAGGUCCAAGGUUUAAUGCCUAGCAUUUCCCAUUAAGACUGGGAAUGUCCUCUGCCUGGAACCUUGGAAGAGCUGCUGCCAUUCACUGUAGACAAGCCCUGAGCCACAUGGACCAAUGGUCUAACAUCCUGUGUUUAUGUGUUCUUACCCUAUGGCUUUAGACUGCAGCACUGGUUCUGUGGAAAAUGUACCCCAUUAUUUGAUUGACCUGUUUUUUCUGCAGUUUAUACAAAAUCCUUAGAUCUAGCUGUUGAUGGGAAACCUAAUUGGUCUGAAAUGCAAAGUAGGGUGACCCUGUUAGCAGUGGUGAUAUUUGCUUUGGUAGCUUCUAAAUUUUGAGCCAGUUUUCUGCUCUCUCAGUAGCAUGAUAAAUAAAUUAUAUUGUUUUGUUGGAAGUUAUUACUAUUUUGUUUAUUUCUUUGUUGUGACUUCUAGUCUAAACAAUAGAGAUUGAUUGAUAAAGACCCAUUGUAUGUUUGUUUAUGCAUAUAUACUAUUUGUCUAAGGAAAAAGACUGUUUUGGAAAUGGGGAGAUAACUAGCUUUGUAUAGGAUUAUAUUUGUAUAUUAAACAUUGAGAGCCACUUGAACUAUAUGCAGAUACAUUCUUGUUAGUCAUGUAAGCGAAGAUUAUUUCUAGCUGUUUGUACUUUUAGGAAAACACUGCAGCUCGCCAGGCAGCUUACAGACCGGGCUGUAGAAGCACAAGCUUGCUACAGCCUCGGGAAUACAUAUACUUUACUUCAAGACUAUGAAAAGGCCAUCGAUUAUCAUCUGAAACACUUGGCAAUUGCUGAAGAACUGAAUGAUAGGUAAGGCUUUUAAAAGUCCACUGUUCAUUAACAAGAGAGAGAUCUUUUUGAGGGUAUAAAAUUAAGUUCCUAUAGAAUAAUGGUCCUAUUCAAAUAGACAAAGGUCCAAAGGUGCCUAAGAACCUGCCCCUGCCCCUUGGGAUUUUCCCCUCCACCCUUUUGAACUGUAGGUGACCAUGCCAUAUCAUAAACUCUUUUGAAAAUUCCCUUCAGUUUUGUGCAGUGACUUGUCCUUUGAUGUGCUACUUUAGAAACAAAAGCCUGGGUUCAAUAUCUAAAUACAACUCUGGAAACUUCAAUAAGCACUAAUUAUUUUUAAAAGUUGUGAGAUUUGCAUUGGGAUUAGCCAGCUUUCUGUCACUAAGCUUUGUAUUAUGUAGCUUUAGAGCUUUUAAUUGAAAUUGUGCAUUAAUGAGAUUUUGUAUAUUCAAAUUGAAUAGAAACUGUUACUGAGAACCAAUUCAUUUAAGUAUUACUUUAAUUGAGCAGCUUGUGGAAGUAUGCGUGUUCAUACUUCUGAUUCUCUACGGUUAACAUAUGAAGCAAAGAGAAAUGGAUCCCCUCUGCAGAGACCAUAAAGUAAUGCAUUUGUUGACUGACGGUGUUAAGUGUGUUGUUGCCAGUAAAUAAAACAAAAAUAAAAGCUAGUUAGCUUUGUUCAGUAGCAUUACUAAGAGCAUGUAAACAGGACUUCCUCUCAGGAAGGGACGGAAUCACAGAAGAGUUGGAAGGGACCCUAAGGGUCGUCUAGUCCAACCCCCUGCAAUGCACAGAAUCUCAACACAUGGUCCUCCUCCUAUUUGAACCUAUACUGAAUGCUGCUUAGCUUUGCAAAUGUGCCAGCAGUUUCAGUGCUGCACCACUAGGAGGACUAGUUGAUUCAACAGCCACUGUCCAUUGUUCUCUCCCCAUUCCUAGGGGGCUAACUAAAUUUGAGCCACACCUCCUGACUUCACUGACUACUAUAGUAGCUGGAAGAAAGCUAGGCAUGUAAAUUUGUAGCAACCUAGUGAGCUAGAGGGAGCCCCAGCUGACAAAGCAUCAAGGUGAGUCAAGCAGAUGUGCAGGUUUAGCAGCAGGGCAAAGAGGCCAGGGCACACGACUCUCUGCCCCUCCUUUCCUUUAACUAAAGUAAACCUGAACUCUCAAUAAAAGUAACCCCUGCAACUGGAAUGUCAGCAGGGGUGUGGGGGCUUUUCAGUGUUUUACACUGUCUAGUCACAUGUACAGCUAUCUCCCUUUUGGGCAGAAGUCACGGGUGUGUCCAAAGUGCAAUGAGCACCUGGUUCUCUUGGAAUAAGCUCAUUCCCUUAAAGCUAAGGUGGCAGACCAAGAAAGCUAAGAGAGGCAGAAAACUCUGUGAAUGAGACACGCAGGGAUACUAUAGUUGUAUCCCACUCCCACACUGAGAGCUGUCCUGCUGUCAGGGAGAAUGAGGAUUUCUGGGAAGGAGAGUGUCAGAAGAAGAGGAAAACAUUUCCUUAGAAAGGACCCAUUCCUUGAGGGAAGAACAGUUAUUUAUGCCUGCAUGCUCAGGAUGCUUCUUUGGGUGGGGAGUGAAGAAAGUGGAUGGAGAAAAGUGUUUUUCCCUCUUUGAUAACACUAGAAUUGAAUGUUGGAAGAUUAAGGGCAGAUAAAAAGAAGUCCUUCUUCACACAGCACAUAGUUAAUUUAAACUAUGGAACUUGCUCCCACAGGUGGCAGUGACUGAGAACUGCAGGAGUGAAUGUUAUUGUGCUCAGAUCCUGCUUAAAGGUUUCCCACAGGCAUCUAGUUGGCUAGCAAGAACAGGAUGCUGGACUAGAUAAAGGAUUGGCCUGAUGCAUCAGGCUCUUAUGUUCUUACUUGUUCAUGGCCGAUAGUGGUUUGUUUAAAUGAAACAUGGUCUCUGGUUCAGACAUAAAGCUAAGCCAAGGAUCAUGAUUUGUUUCUCACAUGUGCUAGUGGGGAGUACAAAGUGGCACAGACCAGUGCAUUAGCACUAAACUAUUAACUAGUUUACUGUGGCAUAUGAACUGACUAGUAUAGGAAUGGGUCCUUACUGGUUUAAGUCAGUUAGAAAGCUAAUGUAUGGAGCAUUUAAUAAGUGUCAUGCUGUUGAACUGUGUUUCAGAAUUGGUGAAGGAAGAGCGUGCUGGAGUUUGGGGAAUGCAUACACAGCCUUGGGGAACCAUGAACAAGCUAUGCACUAUGCCGAAAAGCAUUUAGACAUUUCGAGAGAGGUAGGUGGUCAUAUUACAAGUUGUUUGUGGUAUACUCUUUUUAUAAAAAUUAAGUAUGCAUAUACAGUGGAACCUUAGUUUUUGAACGUAAUCCGUUCCGGAAGACCGUUUGAGUUUCAAAAUGUUUGAAAACCGAAACUCAAUAUGGAAGCCUCAGUACAAUGUUGUUGUUGUUGUUGUUGUUGUUGUUGCUUAGUCGUUUAGUCGUGUCCGACUCUUCGUGACCCCAUGGACCAGAGCACGCCAGGCACUCCUAUCUUCCACUGCCUCCCGCAGUUUAGUCAAACUCAUGCUGGUAGCUUCAAGAACACUGUCCAACCAUCUUGUUCUCUGUCGUCCCCUUCUUCUUGUGCCCUCCAUCUUUCCCAACAUCAGGGUCUUUUCCAGGGAGUCUUCUCUUCUCAUGAGGUGGCCAAAGUAUUAGAGCCUCAGCUUCACGAUCUGUCCUUCCAGUGAGCACUCAGGGCUGAUUUCCUUAAGAAUGGAUACGUUUGAUCUUCUUGCAGUCCAUGGGACUCUCAAGAGUCUCCUCCAGCACCACAGUUCAAAAGCAUCAAUUCUUUGGCGAUCAGCCUUCUUUAUGGUCCAGCUCUCACUUCCAUACAUCACUACUGGGAAAACCAUGGCUUUUACUAUACGGACCUUUGUUGGCAAGGUGAUGUCUCUGCUUUUUAAGAUGUUGUCUAGGUUUGCCAUUGCCUUUCUCCCAAGGAGCAGGCGUCUUUUAAUUUCGUGACUACUGUCACCAUCUGCAGUGAUCACGGAGCCCAAGAAAGUAAAAUCUCUCACUGCCUCCAUUUCUUCCCCUUCUAUUUGCCAGGAGGUGAUGGGCCCAGUGGCCAUGAUCUUCGUUUUUUUGAUGUUGAGCUUCAGACCAUAUUUUGCGCUCUCUUUCACCCUCAUUAAAAGGUUCUUUAAUUCCUCCUCACUUUCUGCCAUCAAGGUUGUGUCAUCUGCAUAUCUGAGGUUGUUGAUAUUUCUUCCGGCGAUCUUAAUUCCGGCUUGGGAUUCAUCCAGCCCAGCCUUUCGCAUGAUGAAUUCUGCAUAUAAGUUAAAUAAGCACGGAGACAAUAUACAGCCUUGCCGUACUCCUUUCCCAAUUUUGAACCAAUCAGUUGUUCCAUAUACAGUUCUAAUUGUAGCUUCUUGUCCCACAUAGAGAUUUCUCAGGAGACAGAUGAGGUGAUCAGGCACUCCCAUUUCUUUAAGAACUUGCCAUAGUUUGCUGUGGUCGACACAGUCAAAGGCUUUUGCAUAGUCAAUGAAGCAGAAGUAGAUGUCUUUCUGGAACUCUCUAGCUUUCUCCAUAAUCCAGCGCAUGUUUGCAAUUUGGUCUCUGGUUCCUCUGCCCCUUCGAAAUCCAGCUUGCACUUCUGGGAGUUCUCGGUCCACAUACUGCUUGAGCCUUCCUUGUAGAAUUUUAAGCAUAACCUUGCUAGCUUGUGAAAUGAGUGCAAUUGUGUGGUAGUUGGAGCAUUCUUUGGCACUUCCCUUCUUUGGGAUUGGGAUGUAGACUGAUCUUCUCCAAUCCUCUGGCCACCGCUGAGUUUUCCAAAUUUCCUGGCAUAUUGUGUGUAGCACUUUAACAGCAUCAUCUUUUAAAAUUUUAAAUAGUUCAGCUGGAAUGCCAUCACUUCCACUGGCCUUGUUAUUAGCAGUGCUUUCUAAGGCCCAUUUGACUUCACUCUCCAGGAUGUCUGGCUCAAGGUCAGCAACCACACUACCUGGGGUAUACGAGACAUCCAUUUCUUUCUGGUAUAGUUCCUCUGUGUAUUCUUGCCACCUCUUCUUGAUGUCUUCUGCUUCUGUUAGGUCCUUUGCACCUUUGUCUUUUAUUAUGGAAAUCUUUGUACGAAAUGUUCCUUUCAUAUCUCCAAUUUUCUUGAACAGAUCUCUGGUUUUUCCCAUUCUAUUGUUUUCCUCUAUUUCUUUGCAUUGCUCGUUUAAGAAGGCCUUCUUGUCUCUCCUUGCUAUUUUUUGGAAAUCUGCAUUCAAUUUCCUGUAUCUUUCACUAUCUCCCUCACAUUUUGCUUGCCUUCUCUCCCCCACUAUCUGUAAGGCCUCGUUGGACAGCCACUUUGUUUUCUUGCAUUUCCUUUUCAUUGGGAUGGUUUUAGUUGCUGCCUCCUGUAUAAUGUUACGAGCCUCCAUCCAUAGUUCUUCAGGCACUCUGUCCACCAAAUCUAAAUCCUUAAACCUGUUCCUCACUUCCACUGUGUAUUCAUAAGGGAUUUGACUUAGAUUGUAACUUACCGGCCCAGUGGUUUUUCCUACUUUCUUCAGUUUAAGCUUGAAUUUUGCUAUAAGAAGCUGAUGAUCUGAGCCACAGUCAGCUCCAGGUCUUGUUUUUGCUGACUGUAUAGAGCUUCUCCAUCUUUGGCUGCAGAAAAUAUAAUCAAUCUGAUUUCAAUGCUGCCCAUCUGGUGAUGUCCAUGUGUAGAGUCGUCUCUUGUGUUGUUAGAAAAGAGUGUUUGUGAUGACUAGCUUGUUAUCUUGGCAGAACUCUAUUAGCCUUUGCCCUGCUUCGUUUUGAACUCCAAGGCCAAACUUGCCAGUUGUUCCUUUUAUCUCUUGACUCCCUACUUUAGCAUUCCAAUCCCCUAUAAUCCUCAGUAGAAUAGGGAAACUCAAAACGGAAGCCGCCUCAGAAGUUCAAGGACUGGGGUUUACAUAUUUGUGGAUAGUGUAUACAGGAACUUAUUCAGUAUGGAUAUGAAAUUACGAAAUGCUUUUGAUUGCAGGUGGGAGAUAAAACUGGAGAACUAACAGCUAAACUUAACCUCUCAGAUCUACAAAUGGUGCUUGGCCUAAGUUUCAGCACAAACAGUUCAAUGAUGACAGAAAAUCAAAUUCUAGAUCAUAGCGUGAAUGGUAAGUAUAAACUUCCAUGAUUAUUUAUUAAGAUUUAUCUUAAUUAAUCUUCAACACUCAUAGAUAGGCUGAUACUUUGUGAGAUAUACCUCUCAUUUUACUUGGGGAAAGUUUAAGACUAUAUAUUUGCAAUGCAAUAAGGAAAAAGUUUUGCAAUCCUUAAUCUUCAAUACUGGGUCUGUUCUUAUAUUCUGGUUUUAGAAACUGUUUUGGAAAAAAAACCAAGCCAUUUUUCUUUUAUAAGCACACCUAUACAGUGGAGUCCCUCAGCAGAACUAGGAGAUAAUUAUUGGUGAUUCCCCCCCCCCCCCCCGGUGAAAUCCACUGUAGAGCGCCUCUCAGCCCCAACACCACACACACACACACAACAUUACAAAAUACCCUAAAUAUCUGAAAGACCGCCUCAUUCCUUACAGACCCUGCUGAGAUUAGCAGAGGGGGUCCUCUUGGUAGUUCCUCCACCAUCUGAGGCUUGGGGUGGUUGUGGCCUGUGACAGGGCAGUCUCUGUGGUGGCCGCUAAGCUGUGGAACUCCCCACUGAGUUGUAUCUGGCAACUUCAUUAUAUAGCUUUCAGGGAAUGCUGAAGCUGCACCUUGGAUUUUGACACUUCAGGUUUAUGUUUUUAGGAGCCACCUUAUUUUUAUGGUUAUAAGUUAUUUUUAUAUUAUGCUGUAACCUGCUUUGGGACCUUCAGGUGAAAAGUGGGAAAUAAAUACAUAAUUAAAUCUUACCUUGCAUGUAGGUGAGUUCUAAUUCAAUUAUUAGUCUCAAGUAGUAAUGAUCUUUGUUGGUCAUUAGACUUUAGAAGGUCCAGGUAAUUUACCCUCAUUGUACUUGUUAUGAAGCUUUCCUUCAAAAUAAACUAUUUUUCUAUCUUAAGGUGCAAGACCCCGAGUAGGACGCCGCCAUAGUAUGGAAAACAUGGAACUUAUGAAGCUUACUCCUGAAAAGGUUGGUGACUGGCUGAACAUAUUUUAUGGGUUGGAUCCGGACUACAUUAGCUCCCACUGAUUUUACAGGAAAUGGAAUUCAGCUAGGCAUUAUUAACUUAAUAUGGAUUCAGCAGAUUAGUCUUAAUUGUCAUUCAAGCUAUAGGGAGAGGGGAUGUGGAGGUUGUGGCACUCCCAUCUACGUGCCUGCACAGUGCUGACCUGCCUGCUGCUUUGUCCCCCUCUCUUUCCUGGUGAGUGGUGGGGGGUCAGGUCUCUGGCAGCAGUGCUCCUCACUGACCAGUCCUCUGCAGUGGCAACCUCUGGAUGUUAGACUAGCCAGAACAAGUUAUGCAGGAAGUGAUUUUGGUCAAAAUGGGAGAAUCAAAAUCUGUAUUUUUAACUAUUUCUGAUUGAUUGUGAAUCUGGCAAUAAAUGGCACCACUUGUGUGUGCAUCUAUAGCCUUCUCCCCCUCCCCUGAGGUUGUCAAUACCUUAUGCUGUAUUUGAUGUUUAUGAUCUGUAGACCAAAUCAGCUAAACUGAAGCAGAGAUUUAGUUGAUUGACUACAUAUCAGGGAUAGAAAAUAUUUUUCUUCCCUUUGUCUUGAGUACUGUGGGUUAUUUAUUAAGCCAUUGUUUACAGAAGAUGACUACAUGGAAAUACCAGAAAUAGCACUGAAAGAGAGAGAAGAUAUAUGAGUAGAACAGUAUUAAGGGUAAUAAUGUAUGGUUCUGUAAUUGAGGCAUGCUACUGGAAAUGAAGGGUACACAAGUACAUCCUAAGCAAGAUGGAAUGAUGACUGAUUGCUGUGCAGUUUGAUGUUCCCAUUGAAAAUAGUGACCAUGAUUAAGUUUGGUCCAUUAAUUUCAGUAGGCCUACCCCAAGCAAAACUUCGUUGAAUACCACCCUUAGUCUCCACACAUGGGGACUCAAAGGGUAGGAGAAAAAGUUAAAAAUAAAGAAGUUCAUCUGUUGUUCCACUGUCUCCUCUUUGCUUCUGCUUUCUGCCACCCCUUGUGCCUCCACCCCCCCCAUUUGCCUGGGGUCUCUCCUUUUUGCUGCACUUGAUCUGUACACAGAAAUGGGAUAUUUAAAAAUUCAGAAUACUUGUGUGUAUCUGUAGUUCAGGAACAAUCUAAGGAGGCAGAGCUAAUUUAAGCAGGGAAAGUGUGAUGUACAAUUAGUAUAAUGAAGAAGGAAUUGGCAUCACUGCAUGAACUUAAUUUUAGGUCUUAAAAAUUUAUCCUGGACAAUUAGUUUAGCAUAGCUAAGUAAUACCUGGGGUGCAUACUACUUUCCUGAAUGUAGUGCAGUGUCACAAAGAAACAUUAAAAGCGGCAGCAUCUUGUCCCUGGGAAAAUGUGACUACCCUCUUGCCCAAAAUUUGCAUGUCUAUUAUAGUGAAACAGGUUGUAGUGGAUACCGCUUGUAAUGUUCUAACUUGGAAGGCUGCUUAGAACUUCAAGAGUGUAGGAAUUGUUGCCAUAGCAGGCUUCUUCCUGUUUUGAUAUGAGGUACUUGAAUUUUUCAAGCUCUGUGGAGAUAUUGACCCAAAUUAAACCAGCCACUUCAGUGUUAGUAGUGUGAAAAUUAAGGCAGGUAGUAGUAUUUUGUGCCUGAAUGAGAGACUUUCUUCUGGAUAGUUUCUUGAUAUACAUUGUCCCUUGUUCUCUAGGUUCAGGACUGGAACAGUGAAAUUCUGGCCAAACAGAAACCACUAGUUCCUAAACCUUCAGCAAAACUACACUUUGUAAAUCGGUUAAAAGGCAAAAAAUACAAAAACAUCACAUCUUCUAAAGUGCUUCAGGAUGCUAGUAAUUCUAUUGACCACCGACUAAGUUCACAGAAGGUAUUUGUGAAUAAAUAUUUAAUUGCUUGAAAGAAAUCAUAAAAUUAUAGUUUGAAAACCAUUUUUAGAAGCAUGUUGGUUUAACUUGUUUGAGUUAAAAAAAAUCUUAGCAUCAUGAUUAAUGCUCAGGAUGAAGGCAAUUCUAAACAUACUUCUUAGGAAGCACUUCUCAUCAAGCUCAGUGGAUAUUUUCUAAAUAAGCAUGGUUAGGAUUUGGGUGGAAAAAUCCAUUUGAAAAUUUUGUUGGGUUGGAGUGAGAACUAAACAUUUGAUUAUAAAACCUGUAUCAGCUGCUCAAAUACUGUGCUGGCUUUGUUAGGAUAGAAAUCGAUGCUAGCGUCUUAGCCUUCAUUGGCUCUUCUUCCCUCCCUCUUUCCCAUGCUAUUUAUUUGUGCGUAGCUUUUUUUGUGACACGGGUAGAGGAAAAAUCUCUCCUAUUGUCUUCAAAAGUAACCAGUAUAACUUUGGCCUGACUAUUUUUUUAUCUGACUUCUUAAAAGAACAGCCCUGAUGUACCUGGAGAUGAAGGGUUCUUUGACUUGCUAAGUCGAUUUCAGAGCAACAGAAUGGAUGAUCAACGGUAUUGUUUCCAGGACAGGAACAGACUGGCAGUGACAACUUCUUCUGCACCAUCAAGAACAUUGAAAAAAUGUAACUAAUUUUAAAAUGUGUAUAAUUCCCACCUUCUGACAGAAUAGAAUAAAAGCAGCAUAAUUAUUUUCUUCUUCAUCUUUCUGCAGCCUUUUCUACGUCCAUGGUCUCACCUCACACUGAUGAAUUUCUAGAUCUUCUUGCUAGCUCUCAGAGUAGACGUCUAGAUGAUCAGCGAGCCAAUGCCAGUGAUUUACCAGGACUUCGUCUUAAUCAGCGCAACAGUCAAUCGGUCCUUGGCCGCUUGAUGGCCAGUAGCAAUAGUGAACCAGAUGAUGACUUCUUUGACAUUUUGAUAAAAUAUCAGGUAAGUCUUGUAAAUGGUGCUCUACAUAGUAUGUCAUGUUUUGUAAACAUUAUGCAGCAUGAUGGUGCCAUCUGGUUUCAGUGGGUUCUUAAUGUUUUUUUUGAUUAAAAAGUUAAUGAAUGCUCUCUGAUAAAUCUUAACAAAGCUCGUGGUGAGUCACCCUCAGAUAUAUUCUUAAAAUCAAAUAGCUUGCCAAAAUGCUGUAAGCAGAUAAGGAAAACUUGAACUCAACUUACUGGAUUUAUAAGCAAUCUAAGUUGGUUGGAUGAGAAAUAAGCAGAACAUGCUCUGACUUGAGAAUACAGCCCUCUGCACAUUUCUCAGCUUCUGAACAGACUUUGCCUGACCCUCACAAUUGCAGAUUUCUUAUGAAAUCUCAUUUUUUUCUCCCUGUUGAAAUGACACUACAUGUUACUAGAAUUUUGUUUUAAAAGCUUGGAUUGAAAGGAGUUUUCUGUAUCAAUAUCGGCCCAGGACCGGUAUGAGGGCUAGACCACUCUGGAGUCCCUUUGGCACCAGUGUGCCAAAGGAAAAUCAAACUGCAGCCGGGCACUGGUGGCAGUUUCACACGCAAUAUACCACCAGGUGAAGCCACCAUUGCACUCUGGCCAUCGUACAACUGAGUCUAAGGGAGCCCCCACUCUGGCUCACACAAGGCAGAGACGUGGUGGGUGCUCUGCUAGAUUUUGUCUGCUGAGGGGCAGGCAGCUGUGCACCCCAAAAGAGGUAGCCCACACAUGCCAAGGUGGUGGUGAGGCAGGCACCUUGGCAGAAGGGGUUAUCUCUUUCUCCCAGCCCAACGGGUGCACUGCAUCUUUACUCCCAGGGUGACUCACCACACUGGGAGGAAAGGCAGACCCCCACCCACCAGGGCGAAGGCAGUCAGAUGAGGGGUCUUAUGGGGCAAUGCAGUACAAAAAAGUGCCCUGUGAGCUGGGGGGACAUGGGGCUUGGUCAGCUGGGGGUCAGCUUGGUUUUACACCUUUGUGCCCCCCAGAUGGGCAGCGCAUGUUCUCUCCACACCAGGUGUUGGGGCUGGAGGGACUUACUCCUCCCCCAGCACUGGGAACAAGCUGCAUUGACGCCAGACUGUAAUGUUUGGCUGGUGAUACACUGUAAUAUAGAAAACCUGAUAUCGGCCAGCCCUACUUCCCAAGCAUCUAACAACUAGCUGUGAAUCCUGUGCAAGGGAGGAAAGUUAUUUCAGUUGAAAUAAAGUUUACUAUAAAGCAAGUGAUAUUAUUAAAUUACCUAAAAUGUGCAAAAUAUUUGCAGACUAUUGAACACAUUUCUUGACAAGGUGAAGGAGUGGCUAACGUAAUAUAGUGAAGGAGGCUUGGAGGGCCUUGCAAAUUAUAAGCAAACUGGGUAAUUCAGUUUUUAUCUAAAGUGCUCUGACUUCAUAAGGACAAAAUGCAAAAGAAGCUCUAGAGUCUUUCCAUGACAUAACAGACUAUUCCAAACAAAGAGCUCAUAGACUAAGGGUCUAGUAGGAAGAGAUGGUUUAAAUAUACCGUAUUUUUCGCUCCAUAAGGCGCACCUAGUUUUUAGAGGGGGAAUUCAAGAAAAAAAAUAUCCAUCCCAGGCUUUGCUCAGCGCUCCCUUUCAAGAGCCACGCAGAGCGUGUGUGCAGCGCUUGCAGACCUUUCCCCGAGGAAAAGUCAGUGACGGGCUGCCCUUCUCCCUCCUUGGGGAAAAGCCCCCAAGAGCCGCACACACGGCUAUCCCUAACUUUUGCAGGAGGUGGGGUAAGUGAGAGAGCCUCGCUCUGUCCCUUACCCCACCUCCCGCAAAAGCCAGGGAUAGCCGUGCUCCACAGGGUAGCGGGAUGAAGGCUCCCCGCUGCCCUGCGGAGGCUUCACGGGCUGCCACAGAGCUGCUAAGGAGCUUGUUGGGGCUGGCUGGGGAAGCCCGGGGUUUCCCCCCCCCAGCCCCAAAGAGCAGCUCAGGGAGCAGCAGAGAAGCUGCGCGCAGCCUUCCCGCUGCUCCCAGAGCUCGUCGGGGCUGGCAGGGGAAGCCCCGACCCCCUCCCAGCCCCAGGGACCACACAUUCGCUCCAUAAGACGCACAGACAUUUCCCCAUAGUUUUUAAGAGGAAAAAAGUGUGUCUUGUGGAGUGAAAAAUGCGGUAGAUUAGGAAAAUUUGAAACUAUUUUGUUCUUGUGUCACACUUUUCCUAUCAUGAAAGGUACAAAAAUACGUUAGCUAAUCUUUCAGAUAAGCAGUUCACGUCCCUCAGUCCCUUCUUAAAAUGGGUUCAGGUUGUGUUAGACUUUGAAGUAUAUGCUCAUGCAUACCUGAAAAGGUGUUCCUCUCUAAUCUGGGCUAAGGCCUCUGUAUCCAUUCAUGGUACACACUUGGGUGGAGUUCACUGCUCUGGCUGGGAAGUGUGACAAGAUGCCAGAUGAGUCCUUUAUUCUUCUAGCUGGCAUCCAUUCUUCUCCUGUAUGACAGAUGCUGCAUCAAGACAACCUCCCCACACCCAUGGAAACAUUGGCAGAGACUUACUGGAUUAGAGACUUUAAUAUGCAUCACUAACUUGUUCUAAGCAAUAUUUCCAAUUUUAAGCCAACCCCCACCCCCCAAAAUGACAGGCAAGCUGCUAUUGAUUAUUGUACUUUAUAUUUAUUAUAUGUGAAAAACCAAUAAAAAGAAUGAGAACAAGAACUCAACAGUAACCAUGGAGAAUAGCAUACUGACAUGUUCAAAAACACAUAUCCUAUCACUUAAGAUUUUCCAAAUUUUUCUAGCACUUGUUUUCCAAGUGUAUUUGCUGUGGAAGUAAAAUAGUUUUUCCAGGAUUUUGGUCUACAAAAUCUUUUAACCAGCUUCAAUUUGGCCAACAUCUUUCACCAUGUUACCAAAUCAAAAAAAACCCCACCACAAUUCUUUUCUUCCUUUGUCACUUGAGGAACAGACAUAGUUGUGCUAUAUUGCUGCUUCUAUGAGUGAAUAUUCAAUCAGGACCACACAAUGUAUAUGCUGUUUCUGCUGGGAAAGGACAGGAAACCAUGGCUGACAAUAUUCUGCCAAAAUGUGAAUGUUACUACUUUUAAUAGGUUUAACAUGGGCAAACAGGAUGAAUUGAACUGUGGAAUGAUUAAACAGUGGAUUUUAGCUGUAACUCCUAUCCUACUUGUUUUGAUUUUAGGGCUCUAGACUAGAUGAUCAGAGAUGUGCACCACCACCAAUCAUCACAAAAGGACCAACUGUACCUGAUGAAGAUUUUUUUAGCCUUAUUUUGAGAUCCCAAGGGAAGAGAAUGGAUGAACAGAGAGUCUUUCUACCCUCUGAUUUGAAGAGGGUAAAUUCUAAUUAAUGGACUUCUUCAAAAGCACACCGAAGAGAAACAGAUGGAUUGUGGAAUACUGGAAUUCCUUUUUUUUUAAUAAUACAGGAAACAAUGCCUUUAAAGGGAAAAGUUUAUGGUACAGUUACUGCUGCCACAGCUUGAAAAAACAUAUCUAAAAAUGUUUGUAAAAAGCUCUAUAGAGCACUGUUUCAGUUUUCUCUCUGUAAAUAUUUUUUUGUUUCGUAUGGUUUAGUGUUUAACGGUACUUUUCACAUGAGCUUAUGGAGAAAAAUCCAGCUAAAAUUAUGUAAUUAAAUAGGAAAACUCUAGAUUUAACCUCAAAAGUUUUUCUAACAUCUAAGAAGUAUAGAAUGUUCCAAAACAAUUGACAAGUAUUACAUUGUUUUUUUUAAAAAAAACACACACAAGAAAAAUAAAUAUUUUCAUACUAGCUAAACCUGCUGUUUUGUCUGUAAGUAAAUGAACUGAUCCAAAGAGAAUGCCGUUGGUUCUUAACUCAGAUAAGUUCCUUUUGUGGUAAGGUCCUAUCUCCUACCCACCCUGGAGUUUUUUCAGCUAUUCUAGUUAUCUGUUGCUCCCAUUUGUUAGGAGAAGUCUUCCAUUAUUUCCUGCCUGUUAUUUGGUUUUUGGGGGUGGGGGCUAGAUUGCAGGACUGUCAUGGCUGAAGAUGUGCUCUCUCUGUCAGAGAGCUUGCUUUGCAUGGUCCUGUCUCCUUGAGGGACUGGGAAGAGCAACCCACUCGAGGUUAUUCUCCUACCUUUGAAGAACAUGAACUUAGAUAUGAACCAACAUUCCUUUUCCGCAAUGUUCAAGCCUUCCUCAUGCAAAACAUAACACCUGGUAAAAAUUAGUUCUUGAUCUUGGGGUAGGGGCAGGUCACAGCUAAAUAAAAGUUCUCCUGUUGAACCUAAAUAACAGCUUUUACAGAUAUGAAUAUAAAAGAAAUUUCAUUAGUAACAUUUUGUAAGAGUUUAUUUUGUUGGCAAAUAUUCUCCAAAAAAAUCUUAACACAAAUUUUAAAAGCAUUUUACCAGUAGAGUCCCUUUUAGACUUACAUUAUUUUCUCAUUAAAUGUUUUUAAAAUGUGUUGAAGUUGUUGUAUGGAAACAAAGGUGCUUCAUAAAUAUAAUUUAGGUCUUCGAGGAAAAAUGUGCCCUGAUACCUAAUAUGCAAAGAAGUACUAUAAGAAUGAAAACUGACAAAAGUAGAUUCACGAACAUUUGUUGCUUAGCAGAGGCUUUUAAAAAAAUCAUUUCCCUGGUAUAAGGAGGUCUAUCAGGAAGCAGUGUUCCUCUGUUUUUGUUCCUGUAAAUGAGAAGAUUUAAAUGAGAAGCAUACAAGCCACAACCUUUCAGAUUAUUUUUAAUUUCUGUUCCAGUGUAGAGUCAAAUAUUUAGUAAUCUGUAAUGGGCAAAGCCACUAUCCUGGUACUUUUUGUAAUGGUAGAAGGAUAAAACUAUGAUGUCUUCAAACACAGACUACAGUGCCAUUGUUUUUAAAUGUACAGGAGGCCAAGGCUCACUGCUAUGCCAACCUUUACCCCAGCUAGCCCUUCCCUAUUCCCUCCACUCCAGAUGCAUUUAUGUUUGCACACAUGCAAUUUAAACUCUACAUGGGGAAAUGAGUUUUGGUGAGAAUUGGUAAUGGAAACUGAAGCAGAACAUUGCUGCUCUCUUCAGCUUAAUAUCAUCUUCCACCGUGGCCAAGAUGCUGUUACUUAAAGAAUGCUGUCAGUCUCAUUCAACACACUUGGGCAAAUCGCUCUAGGCUGCUGUUUUUACCAAAGAAUCUAACUAAUCCUAUGCACCAUUACUCAAACUUAGUAGGGCUUGUUCUCAAAUAAUAGGCACAUAACUGGGUCAUAAGGUUACCAUCUAUACCUCCAGUACUACAGAAAGUUGUUGAAUAUGAGCACUGGGAAUGGGGAUAUUGGUUUGUUUUUGUUCCUGUUUUUAUUAUAUUAUUAUUUUGGGUUUUAAUUUUGUAUUUUUUGGCUGUGAACUGCCCUGUGAUCUGUGGAUUAAGUGCGGUAUAAACUUCAAUUAAAGUAAUACUCUUAGAUCCUCUACCAACAGCAUAAGUUGGAUGCUCAAGCAUCACAGUACUAAAAACACAAACAUACCCUGAACAUCUUGUCUAUGCUAAUUUUCACGUUUAGUUUGUCUCUACUAUGUCUUUUAUGACUCUUAUUAUAUUCAAAUCAUUUGUUCUACAAUUCAAAUAUAGCAUGUGUCUAAUGCUAAGGAAGUGGCUUGGGCAUUUCAGUCUGCAUGCUCUAAUUGGUUCAAUAAAGAAUUUACUCUUCCCUUAAGUUAUUAAAUAUUCGAUACAGUACAACUCAAAGAUCGAACAUUCAUGAGACUCAAUAGUUAGAUCCAUUCAUUUUAACUGGACUCUUAAGUAGAGUUUAGUUGGAUAUAAUCCUUUGAUCUUAAGUCCGAAUGAAACAGCAUUUGUCUACUAAGCUUGAUUCUAGUAGGAAUCAGAUAUCUAAAUGAUUUAAGACUUCAACUCAGAUUUGACACAUUCUUACAUUCUCUGAAUUUGAUAAAUAAAUUUGCCUGCAUUACCGAGCUUUUUGAAAUGGCUAUAUAAAUAGUUGAAAUAAGGCAAGACAGUGCAUUCUUAAAUCGCCACACCCUGUUUGAGUGUAGGCAAGAUUAUGCAGCCUAGAAUGUAACAUUGUUAUUCUCAAAUUGGCAGAUAAUAAAGCAAGUCCUCAAACUG